AUGGAAAACCCUAGCCGUGAUCAAGGGUCGGCGCCGCUGCCGCCGGCGGGGCGGAGCCGGACGAGGCGAGACCCCAGCGUUGACGAGGUCUACAUCGUGCCGCCCCACGACUUCGCGCACACCGUGCAGAGGCUCACCGGCGCCGCCUGCCUAGCUCCAACGCCAAGCAGCAGGAGCAGCAGAUCAUCGCCACCGGAGUCGGGCCCCGUGGCUGCUUCAGCUCCUCCGCAGCCAUCAACCCGACCGUUACCCGCCCCGGCAUUGUCGGUGUCCACGCCCACCGCGACGUCCAUGCAGGAAGCCUACCUGGCGUGGUGUGCCUCCAACGACGUCGUCCUCAGUCCCGGGACAAUGGCGGAAAUGGAGUCGGGCCCCGUGGCUGCUUCAGCUCCUCCGCAGCCAUCAACCAGACCGUUACCCGCCCCGGCAUUGUCGGUGUCGACGCCCACCGCGACGUCCAUGCAGGAAGCCUACCUGGCGUGGUGCGCCUCCAACAACGUCGUCCUCAGUCCCGGGACAAUGGCGGAAAUGGAGCGCGCGGCGGCCAAACAUAGCUAG